AUGCCAUUAUCAUUUGAAAUCAACAAGAGAAAAAUCAAAAAUCUGGGAUUUAUUAGUGCUGCUAUACUGUUUGGAAUUGGUUGUAUAACUCUGUACAAAUCCAUUCAAAGUGAAGAAACUCCAAAUCAAUCCAAAUCAGAAAAUAAAGGUGAUAAAACCAAAGAAAUAGCCAAUAAAUACACUUCUAAACCAGUUACAAUAGUGGUUACUGAUUCUAUAAUAUCUGCAAAGUUAAGAUUAGGUGAAAUUUUAUCAUUAACUCAAGAUGUUGUAUUAGUAUUAGAUCCAAAUUUAAAUAAACAAGAUUUAAUUGGAAUUGAACCUCAACAAGAAUAUAAAAUUAUUGAAUGUGAAAGUUAUGAUGGUCUUUGGUCUAUUGUUAAACAUUUAAAUAGUGAAUUAAUCUUUGUUGUUAAAGAUGAUUUAAUUGAAGAUUUACCAAAAAAUUUAUCAAGAUUUGUUGGAGAAAUUAUUGAAUUAGAACAAAAUUUUGCUCAUAUAAAUCAAAAAAUAAUAUCAUAUAUUAUGAAUUAA